UGUCCUUAUUAUUAUGCAUGCCUGUGUAUACAGUAUCUUUAUAGGUCAAAAGCAGUCAAAUAUUGGCCAUUAGCUAUACUUAGUCCAAGUACACAAAAUAAUUGCAGGACAAAGUGAAACGCUCCUUACUUCGUUUCCCACCCAUUUAUCACAAAGCACACAGAAGUCAGAAUAACACCUGCCCUUUGCAAUUUCAGACUCCUUUUUCUCCAAACCCGUCCCACAUUUGGGAUACCUUCCCUUCAACCUCCCCAAUCACAUCGCAGGUUCUUGGUCUACACCCUUUUUGCCUCCCCAACCAGCUUGGAAUCUUACAACCCCUGGUCCCAUAACCUCUCUGCACUAAGGAGCACCAAACAAAAUUCACGCCAGAACAGUGGCCAAAACAGCAACCCGGGAUAUUUGCGCCUACGCAUUCUGGGUGCACAGUACUCCCAGAAGUCUCCGGCCGGCGGCCCAGCGCUGGCUAAUAUGUGAGAGCAAUUAAGAUGACUUUCCAAGGGUCCAACCGCCUUCCCAGCUCCGAACUACAUCUCCCAGAAGGCUCAGCGGUGCUGUUAGCUUCCCAUGCUGACCUGUCGUCUUUCUGAGGCUGUCCAGCGCCUGGGGACAAUAGGACGGGUCCAGGAGCUAAGCCCAUCUCAAACACGUCGGAGUGGCUUUCUUUGGGGGCCAGGGUCUGAGCCUGAGGCGGGGAUCCAUGAGGACUCUGGGGCGUCCGCCGUUAGACGAGGGGCGCGAUCCUUUCGGCGGGGCUGACGCUAGGCGCGGUCAGGUAUCCUGACGAUCGGGAGCCAUCUUGUCCGGGCCUGAUACGUCUCUGACUACAUCUCCCAGAGGACUCCUCGGUAUGACUGUGCUUCUCGCGGGUAUUCAGUCUCCAAGUCACGCGCUGGCGGGACCCCCAGGACUUCACCAACAACUACCCUAGUGCCACGGAGGGCUCUGCUGCUUCGGGAGCUCAUAAGGCCUAAGCUCUACCCUUUUCAAAAGAAGAACCAAGAGAAGGUCCUUUUCUGCAAAUAUCAAAGCCAUGGCUCAGGAGUCAGUGAUGUUCAGUGAUGUGUCCAUAGACUUCUCUCAGGAGGAGUGGGAAUGCCUGAAUGAUGAUCAGAGAGAUUUAUACAGAGAUGUGAUGCUGGAGAAUUACAGCAACCUGGUUUCAAUGGCAGGGCAUUCUAUUUCUAAACCAAAUGUGAUCUCCUACUUGGAGCAAGGGAAGGAGCCCUGGUUGGUUGACAGAGAGAUAACAAGCGGCCAGUGGCCAGUCCUGGAAUCAAGAUGUGAGACCAAGAAAUUAUUUCUGAAGAAAGAAAUUUAUGAAAUAGAAUCAACCCACUGGCAAAUAAUGGAAAAACUCACAAGACAUGAUUUUCAGUGCUCUAGGUUCAGAGAUGAUUGGGAAUGUAAUAUCCAGUUUGAGAAACAGCUUGGCUCUCAGGAGGGACAUUUCAAUCAAUUGAUAUUCACUCAUGAAGCUCUGCCCACUUUGAGGAAGCAUCCAUCCUUUACAUUACAGCAAAUCAUUAAUAGUAAAGAGAAAUUCUGUGCAUCUAAAGAAUAUAGAAAAACCUUUAGACAUGGUUCACAAUUUGCUACACAUGAGAUAAUUCAUACCAUUGAGAAGCCCUAUGAAUGUAAGGAAUGUGGAAAGUCCUUUAGACAUCCCUCAAGACUUGCUCAUCAUCAGAAAAUUCAUACUGGCAAGAAACCCUUUGAAUGUAAGGAAUGUGGAAAAACCUUUAUUUGUGGCUCAGACCUUACUCGACAUCACCGAAUUCACACUGGUGAGAAACCCUAUGAAUGUAAGGAAUGUGGGAAGGCCUUUAGUAGUGGUUCAAACUUCACUCGACAUCAGAGAAUUCACACAGGUGAGAAGCCUUAUGAAUGCAAAGAAUGUGGGAAGGCCUUUAGUAGUGGUUCAAAUUUUACUCAACAUCAGAGAAUUCAUACUGGGGAGAAACCCUAUGAAUGUAAGGAAUGUGGCAAUGCCUUUAGUCAGAGCUCACAACUUAUUAAACAUCAAAGAAUCCAUACAGGUGAGAAGCCCUAUGAAUGUAAGGAAUGUGAGAAGGCUUUUCGUUCUGGCUCAGACCUUACUAGACAUCAGAGAAUUCAUACUGGGGAGAAACCCUAUGAAUGUAAGAUAUGUGGGAAGGCCUAUUCUCAGAGUUCACAGCUUAUUAGUCAUCAUAGAAUUCAUACUAGUGAGAAACCCUAUGAAUACAGGGAAUGUGGAAAGAACUUUAAUUAUGGCACACAACUUAUUCAACAUCAAAAUUUGUACUGGUGAUAAACCAGAAUAUGUGAAAUGUAUAGGGAGGCUUUAAUUAUGGCUCAAAAUAGAAUUUAUCUGCUUAAUAAUUCCUCUAGGCUGGAUAGAGUGGCUCACAUCUGUAAUCCCAGCACUUUGGGAGGCCAAGGAGGGCAGAUCACCUGAGGUCAGGAGUUCGAGACCAGCCUGACCAACAUGGAGAAACCCCAUCUCUA